GCUGAGCGGGUUUCCUUGUCAACUGAGCAACAAUGUUCCCCACCCUCACAUUAAUCCUGUCGGCCUCAACCACCGGUUCAUACUGGUGACAGAAAAUCUCUAAGGGAUGACCAGACCGCUGCAUAUUUUUCUGCAGAUUUAGAGAAUGGCUGCCCAUGACCGUGAGGGAAGAGACACAGAGGACACCUGCAAACUUCUUUGCUCUGAUGCAAACCAAAGAGAUGGCGUGCUCGGACUCGAUUGUCUGACCCCCAGGCCGGACCACUGUGACCUCCUCCUAGAUGCAAUAGAUAAACAGCUUGAUCAGCUGCAGAUCAAGUCUCCAAGACCAAAACGAGGUGCGGUUCUCAAGGCACAGAAUGCUAGGAACACAGAAAAAACACUGAGCUCCUGGGAUGUUUCUGUUAAUCACACUGAAACCAAAAAAAGUCUGGAUGUAAUCCUCAGAGGCAAAGAUGAACCCGAAUCUCGCAUGGAUCAGGUCAUCUGGAGGCUCGAGAGGCUUCUUGGAGAGGCUUGUAAGGAAGGAAAGAUUGCUGGAGAGGCACAGCCUCCUUCAGACAGUAUCUGCACUGAGGACUUUGUAAGAUGCUUCAAAGAGGAGAUGGUAAACCUGUCUCCAAAGACAGAGCGGACAGAAAUCUCUGAUGGCGGCAGUCAUCAAAGUGAUCAAAACCGGCAAAGUCCUGAGAGUAGAGGGUCAGAAACAUGUGACACAGUGAUGACUCACAGUUUUCACUCAAACCAAUCUAGUCCAGUAAAGGAAGAGAGAACCUGUCUAUUUGGCAGCUGUGGAGAAAAUAUGUCACAAGAUAAAGAGAAGGCAGGAGCUGGAGAGAGAAACAUGACGCCGCAGAGGCCUGGAGACUGCAGCAGUGCGUGGAGGUUUGACAGCGUGUCCGCCGACAGCGAUCCCGACACAGACGGCACUGAACGAGUCAGGCAGCAGGCCAGGUGGACAGGACGUUGCUCCUUCACCGAGGACGUGGGCGAUCUGACGGACAGCUGUGUCGACCACAGUGACAAUGACACAGCUGCAGAAGAAGAGACUGAAGUCCAGUCUGCAGCAGCUUAAAGGGAGAAAAACCAACAGACUUGUGUUUUCUAUGAGUGACAACAAAGACGGCAAUAAAGGCGUAAAUCGCUGCAUCCGGACGUCCACUGCGGCGAGGCCAUCAGAGAGGCGGCCGACAGAUUGCAUCAAGAUCAGAGAGGAAGUCUCUGACCUC